UGGCGCCAUGGACGACCACACCAUUGCACCCGCAAACGAUAGCGAACCGUCAACUGCCACUCAAGAUCACAAAGCACACAAUGAAAUUGAACCCCCUCAGUAUGGAAGGCUUGGCCACCUCGCUUAUCAACCAGACCAAUCCCAUCUACACAACAGCUAUUGGAAGUUCCAGUCCAUCGACGAUGAUCGUCGCGCAGCUGCUCACGGCUUCACUACACCCGAGGAACUGUUAGUCGUGGCGGAUAACAGCGAUGAGAAACAUAAUGAUAUCAAGAUCGUUUGGACGGGAAUAGCGGGCGACCCUGGCUCGAGAAGUGCUAUAAUCGGCACAGCGUCGCAGCACCUGCAGACUAUAUACGAAUUACGCAAUUUACUGGGUCUUCCAAUGUCAUUGCGAGAGCAGGUACCAUUAUACCCUACCAGCACUGACGUAUGCCUAAAGCAAUACUGGGAGAGGAAGCAUGGAGAACAAUUGCCUGUUCGCACCGUUCAAGCCCCUCAAGCAGCAGGUCAGCAGGAACUUUUGACUAAAACUUCCAACCCUAGAUUGGCGAAUCAAUCGUGCUUAGUUUCUAAUAUGUCCUCAAUCCAGGUAACGUCUGAUCCUACGGCUGUGGGAACUUACAAUGCAGAAAGAACACAGCCUGUACCCACAUAUCGAAUGUUUGAACGAAGUGCAACUUUCCAAAAUUCUGACGAGGUAGCUCAGCAGCAAGAAUCAUUCUCGACGACUGCAACGUUUUCAGCAACAGACACGUGGUCUCAUAGCGAGCUAGAGAGUAUGACAAAGUUGCCAUGCAUAGACUGUGGAGGCAAUGAUGACCACGCAAGUGGCUGCCAUAUUGGCAAUCUCAACUUCAGGGAGAAUCUUACGAUACUUGAUUAUCGUAACUUGGCGGAUAUUGUUGAGCAAUUUGAUCCUGGUCCAUGGACAACACACUUUGAUCCAUACCCAGAACCUGAGCUCGAAAAUCCUCGGGUUCAGAUAGCUGGUAUGGCAGAAGUGAUAAGAAAUGAAGAUAGCUACAAGGACGAUCCGGAAUUGCAUGAUCUAUCAGACGAGCAUAUGAUUAUCCUAUGGGCGUUCAAAACCUCUGAUCGUAUUGAAGUAAUAAACACGUAAAUCAAAUGCCUAGAACAUUUGUGCCUUGAAAUUGACCAGACUGUAAGGUCUGACUGAACUCGAGACAAUCAUGGUUUUGUGAGAAGUAUGUCUGCGCCCUCCAUUGAAGACGAAAAGUAUUAUACAGGGGACAUCAGUGGCAAAAAACAUGUAUUCAGAGCCGAUGUCCAAUCUUCCCUCGACCAUUCGAUACUCAUAGCACCCUCAAUGGCUGGAUCGCCAAUGGCAAUUGAACCUUUCAGCACACGACAUGCUGCAG